GUCACUUCCUUGACAUUUGUGGUUGUGGUUAUAUGUAUUUUGGAAAAAUAUUAUCGUAUUUGAAAAUUAAUGGGAUUGAUAGAUGAUGAACUCGCUGAGGUUAAGAAGCUUUGUGAACAUGUCGUGCCUGGAUCGAAACUUGUCUCUUGCGUUCAAACCAUGGUCCGUGUCGAAAUAAAAAGAACGGACUUUAAAAAACUAGUUAUAUGCAUGCAAUUUCCAAAGGAAUAUCCACGAUCACCUUUACUGAUAGAGCUAAAAAGCAAAACUUUAUCCGAAAAGCUCCUACAACGACUAACCGGUGUUUGCGAGGUGGAAGCAAAGAAAAUUCUGGGAAAACCACAAGUUUUGAAUACCAUAAAGUUUCUACGCAAUUUUAUUGAUGAAAAUCCUUUAUCUUGUUGUUUUGAUGAAAUAAAUGCUCUAAAGAAAUCCUUGAGUGGAGAAGACGAAUUCAAAUUAAGGCAGAAGAAUUCUAGCAUAAUUUUGAGGGCAUAUAAUGCCAAAUAUUACUUGAGCUGUAGGAUUGUGGUGCCUGACAACUACCCUGUUAGUGAUGUAGACAUCCAAGAUGUUGAUACCAAUUUUACGCCAGCACUUCACAGGCAUAUGGUGUCGCAGGCUAAAGAAAUAGCAAGGAGAUGUGUACAGCCACCGCUUAAGAAAAAGCCUAAUGAACCGAAAUUUGAGCCUAGUCCGUCAUUAAAGAAAUCUGUGGAGUUCCUUAUCGAUUGUGUUAAAAGGUUACCUACAGAAAAUUGCCAGUUUUGCAAGAAACUUUGUUUUCCUGAAGACCCCAAUGUAAAUAUCAUGGGUUAUGUAUUACAAUUUUUUCAAAAAACACGGCACAGUAUUUUUUCUGUGGGACAAAAAACAAAGAAUCAUUGAAAAUUACAAGGAGUUCUCAAUAAUGACAUGAACUUUCGGAACAGAUUUUUUUUCAGAUUGUUUCUUUUUCUAGGAGCUAGAAAAAGAUGAAAAUUCCCCCAAACAUAUCGAAAGGGUUUAUUGUGGUCACUUAUUUCAUCAAGACUGUUUUUUCACAUAUAUGAAACUCCCUCCGUUUGGAAACAAAACAUGUUCGACAUGUGGCAAGAGAAUCUACCAUUUCAAAUGGACUCUCACUGACAAACUCGCUGAAGAUCGUUGGGCUCAUCAUCAAGCAAGGGAAAGAGAAUUGGCGGAAGUUACAGAAUUUUUUAAAUAGUUUUGAUAUUAUUUUUAAUUUUUGUUUUCGGUAUGUUUCUAUGGAUGGUUCCAAGAACAUCGCAUUACUUUUAUGAACUGAUUGUGUAAGUAAAAAGAUAAUUUUGAGUAUUUUGUUUUUUGUCAUCCAUUAGUGCUAUAACCUAUUUUGUGAUAAUAAAUAUUCUAGC